AUGUCUCUGGUCCAGAAGCUCCUCGAUCCGUGUACGGACCUGUGGGAAAGCGCAGUCCCUCCCCAUCUCUUUAACCAUGGCUCGUCUCGACGCUUCGAGGAAGCGCGCAACGAGUGGAAGCUGAAUUCGACUCAAGAUUCUGUACUCGCCGACUUCGCCAAGUUUCUCCUCCAUGGCAGAGCACAAGUCAGGCCCAUCAUUGAUUCAAAAGAAGCCGAGACUCUCGAGAGAAUCUUCACCUCUCAUGUAAACUCAAAUAACUGCUGGGAUCGGCAGUCUUUGAAAUCGUAUCUGGCGACAAAAGUCCCUGGAGAUGCAAACUUCCAAGACCAACUCAGAAACGCCAUUCCUGCUCUCUGGGCUCUCGUGGUCUACUUUUCACAAUGGCCAUUCAACGCCACUGUCGGCCCGUCAGUGUGCCAGACGACAGCCGACCUGGCGUUCCCGGCAUUCGUUCGUGCCACGGCCUUUCUCUGCGGCCGGCAUGAGGAAAUGUUUGGCAACUGGGCCGACGACGACACCGACUUCAACCGAGGAAUCGACCAACCAGUCAUCGAGGACAUCUUCCGAGCCUUGGCCACCAAGAGACCAGAAGAUCAGAGCCCCUUUGCACCGACCAAGAUCCCUAGAUUACUGCCUCACGACGAUGCCCUCGACGUCGUGGGCGCGGUCCACCCGUGGCUGAACGAGUUCUCAAGACCACUCAGCCGUGACGAGCUGACCCCCGUGGCCCGUCGCCUUCGCCCCUCGGCCCCUCCGGAGCUCUCAGAUCUGGUCAUCCAGGAACCCAGGCAGACGCUCAUCCCGCUUCUACAACUAUCUGUGUCGGUUGUCGAGCAGGCCCUGACGCUGGAUGGGGCAAAUGUGACCACCUCACUCCGCGACGACCUGAAGACUGCCCAUGCAGAGCUGCAAAAGGCCGAGCGGGUGCCGUUUGGCCUCUUUGCGGACUAUCUGGACACAGACCAGUGGGUGGUGAAGCACAACGACGUGUACACCGUCUACAAUGCUUCG